AUGAUGAAUUUCAGUAAAGGCAAAUGCAAAGUCCUGCACCUCAGCAAGAAUAACUCCAUGCAUCAGUACAGGCUGGUGGCAAGCUGCCUGGAAAACAGCUUUGAGGACAAGAACCUUGGGGUCCUGGUGGACAACAAGCUGACUAUGAGUCAGCAAUGCACCCUUGCAGCAAAGAUGUCCAACAGCAUCCUGGGCUGCAUUAAGAAGACCUAUGGAUCAAGGAAGAUGAUUCUUCUGCUCAACUCACUAUAUGAGAUUGGACUGGCUCAAACAAUUGACCACUUGCAGCAACCACCCAGAGCUCAACUUUCCACGGAGCUGCCUUUGUUUACUCCAAGGCACCCUGAGGAAGGGAACGCCCCGACACGGCCACGGCCGCCCCCUGCCGGAGUGGAGCGGGGGCGGCAGCCGCGGCGGCGCCGCGAGAGGGCAGCGGCCCCCACAGGCCGGCGGGAGGCGGAGGGCGACGGCGGCCCGCGGCUACUGGUGCCAGGAGGGAAGGGGGGGGACGGCUGCGCUUGCGGCAGGGGCGAGGGCGGCAUCUCCAACAAUCCCCGCUGGCUCCCGCAGACCUCCCGCCCGCAUCCUCCCCGAGUCCCGCCGCGCCACGAGCCCCGAGUCCCGCCGCGCCACGAGCCCCGCGCCCCGCCGCUCCCCGCGCCCCCAUUGGCUGCCGGCUCCUCAGCGGCAGCCAAUCAGAACGCAGUUGUCAGGCUCUCCCGUCUAUUUUUAGCACGCACAAACAGACGCGCUCGGUGGCAGCUGCGUGCGCGGAGAUGCGCGCUCGCGGGCACGCGCGGUCGGGGGCGCGCCCGGGGCUCGGGGCGGGUGACCCGGAUGGGCCGCGGCGGUACCGGGAGCCCGAGUGAGAAGGGAGCAGGAGGGCACCGUCAUACCCGGGCACCUUCUCGCUGGAGGACAGGCGGAAACCAGAUCCAGAGCCCACAAGCCCACAGCCUCAGGCAGUGCUUUCUACUAAAGAAAAUGUCGAAUGAAAACUUUGCUUUCCCCGGCCUUGAAGUGUGGAGGAGGACGGCCCCCGUGCACAGCGCCCGGUGUGCCCGGUGAGGAUCGCUGUCCCCCACCUGCAGGCACUGCUUGGCCUCUGGAACGAAUUGGCAUCGGAAGGGAAAGGGCGGAUUGCCAGCAUGGGCUAAAUUCUGCAUCUUUAAAAUAUUAUUUUGCGUAUUCUCAUUUAGUUAAAUUCACACAUAAGGCA